AUGACUGUGGCCACAGAGACUACCGUUGUUUCGAAUGGAGUCGCCCCGGUGCACAAGGCCGGCAGGACGGGAACGCCACCAGAAGUCCCCUCCACUGAUUUGGACAUAAUUGACAUUCGCUGUGCCGCUGUCGAGCUCAAUAUCAAAGAAGAGAUAAAUUCUCUCUUCAAAGCUCACGAUGGCCCCAGAAGGCUUCCAACCCUACUUCUGUAUGACGAGCGAGGUCUACAGCUGUUUGAGGCGAUCACGUACCUAGAUGAGUACUACCUCACAAAUGAUGAAAUCCAAGUCCUCAGGGACUCGGCCUCCAAGGUUGCAGAGAGCAUUCCCGACGGUUCCAUGUUUAUUGAGCUCGGGAGUGGUAACUUGCGCAAGGUCAACCUGCUGCUCGAGGCCUUUGAACGCGCCGGGAAGAGCAUUGACUACUAUGCUCUGGAUCUGUCCCGGCAAGAGCUUGAGAGAACUCUUGCACAGCUACCUGCCUACAAACAUGUAAAAAGCCAUGGGCUUUGGGGCACCUACGAUGACGGGAGAGAAUGGUUGAAGCGACCAGCCAACGUUCGCCGCCAGAAAUGCGUUCUAUCCCUUGGGUCAAGUAUCGGCAACUUUCUCCGUGACGAGGCGUCGGAUUUCCUGAGAGGCUUCGCAGACGUACUGAGCCCAGGUGACACAAUGUUGGUUGGCUUGGACUCGUGUAUGGAUCCGGCCAAGGUCUAUCACGCGUACAACGAUCGGGACGGUGUCACUCACAACUUUAUACUUAAUGGGCUGGUCAACGCCAACCAAGUUCUUGGCGAAGAAGCAUUCAACCUUCAAGACUGGCAGGUAAUUGGCGAAUAUGUGUACGAUGUUGACGGUGGCCGACAUCAAGCUUUCUACGCGCCGACAAGGGACGUGGUAGUUCUCGGGGAGACAAUCAAAGCCAACGAACGCAUUCAGGUCGAACAGAGCCUAAAGUAUUCCCAAGCUGCCGCUACGAAACUAUGGAGUUUGGCCGGUAUGACAACAGCGGAUCGGUGGACCUUGGGAGAGGAAUACGGGCUCCACAUGCUAGUCAAGCCAAAAAUGCCAUUUAGCUUACUUCCAUCUGCUUAUGCAUCGUCCGCCCUGCCCAGUUUGAGCGACUGGGAGGGCAUCUGGACAGCAUGGGAUGCCGUCACCAGGGAUAUGCUCCCACAUGAGGAGCUUUUAGACAGGCCAAUUCGGCUUCGGAACGCUUGCAUUUUCUAUAUUGGGCAUAUACCAACUUUUCUGGAUAUCCAACUCAAUAAGACAACCAAAGCGCCACCAACCGAGCCCAAAGAGUACGCCUCCAUCUUCGAACGGGGCAUCGACCCGGAUGUCGAUAACCCCGAGAGAUGUCAUAGUCACUCAGAAACUCCAACCGAGUGGCCGCCGGUUCAUGAGAUCGUGACUUACCAAAAUAAAGUCCGCAAGCGGCUGCGGAGCUUGUACGACAGAGGGCCCGAAAGCAUCCCGCGCGACGUAGGGAGAGCCAUCUGGUGCAGCUUUGAGCAUGAGAUCAUGCACCUAGAGACGUUGCUGUACAUGCUCUUACAAAGCGAGAAGACACUUCCACCACCAAACACGGUGCAUCCCGAUUUCAAGGAGCUGGCCAAGAAAGCAAGAGCUGCAAGGGUCUCGAACGAAUGGUUUGACGUGCCAGCGAAGGAGAUCAGCAUUGGCUUGGACGAUCCGGAAGACGGAACCGAUGUUCAACGCCAUUAUGGAUGGGACAACGAGAAGCCAAGGAGGAAAGUCAAAGUGCAUGCCUUCCAGGCCCAGGGGAGAGCCAUCACCAACGAGGAGUAUGCGCAAUAUAUGUACGCAACAAACACGUCGCAGUUACCAGCAUCCUGGGUAGAGGUCAAGCCAGGCGAGCUGCUGAAUGGCGACGCCUCCGCGAACGGGUCCGCGGGCCCAACUCAGGCCAACGGCCAUGCCCACACCAACGGCCACAACAGCGGCCACUCAUCGCUGCCAAGCUCUUUCCUCUCGGACAAGGCGGUGCGGACAGUCUAUGGCCUCGUACCUCUGGAGUAUGCCCUUGACUGGCCUAUCUCCGCCUCGUACAACGAGCUCUCCGGCUGUGCGUCUUGGAUGGGCGGGCGCAUCCCAACUUUCGAGGAGGCACGCAGCAUUUACGACCACGUCGACAUCCUGAAAAGAGAGGAGGCCGAGAGAAAACUCGGGAAGACGGUCCCCGCUGUGAACGGUCAUCUCAGCAAUGACGGCGUCGAAGAGACGCCGCCAUCACGAGCUGCAGGAAAAUCCGAGGGAGAUGGGGAUCAAAGCGAUCUCUUCAUCGACCUCGACGGCGCCAACAUCGGGUUCCAACACUGGCACCCGGUUCCAAUCACGGCGAAUGGCAACCGCUUGGCCGGGCAGGGCGAGAUGGGCGGCGUCUGGGAGUGGACCAGCUCACCACUCCGGAGGUGGCCUGAGUUCGAGCCCAUGGCCCUGUAUCCUCUCUAUACUUCCGACUUCUUUGACGAGAAGCAUAAUAUCGUCCUGGGUGGGUCAUGGGCCACGCACCCGCGAAUUUCCGGGCGAAAGUCAUUCGUUAACUGGUACCAACGCAAUUACUUGUUUGCGUGGGUGGGAGCCAGGCUCGUGCGAGACGCUCAGUAA